AUGAUGAAACGCAUGGCCGAAUUGGAGGAGAAAGUGAAUGCUCUCAGCUCAAAACCCACAGUCAUGCCACCCGAGAAAGAGGACCUGCUGAAUGUUGCUCUCAACCGAGUCAAUGCCUUGGAACAAGAACUGUCAGCAACCAAGAAGGCACUUGAGGACACCCUUGUUCGACAGGACGAGCUUAUAGCCUUGCUUGAGAAGAAGAAUAAGAAAAAGAAGAAGAGAAGCAAAACCCUUUCAAAUGGUAAGGUGAUAGCUCCGGUGAUUCGAUUGGAUGCCCUGGAUGAACCACUGAACAUUCAGUGUCAGCUGCUGGUGGCGACGUUUCGAUUGUGA